UCGAAUCUAAAUACACCACAAAUCGUGAGACGAACCUACCAACAACCGUCUGGGACUAACCAACCCUUUCCCAUUCGCGUUCCCAACAGUGUUCAAAUUUAUAAAAAACUUAAGGAUUUGUAAAAUUGCCGGUUUUAUAUUUUUAUUGUGUCAAUUUGUGAAGAAAUAAUCUUCCAUAUAUGAUCCAGUCGUAAUAAUUAUGUCCUAUCACAAAAGUGAUUGCCUGAAUGUUUCAACCGAAUCUGACGAUAGUUCCGAGGAUGCCGAAGGUGCUAUUGCUGCAAUUCUGAAAAAACUUUCCGGAGACGAUUACAAUAUUUUGGACAGAAAUCCUUUUGAAAUGAGUGACACGUGCACUUGUGACUUCUGCAAGGAGUUAAGGUUACUAACAGCAGGAGAACGUGAAGAACUCAAAAUGAUGCAAACCUAUUGGACAGAGUUGAGGAAUUACAUUAGAAUCGUUUAUAGAAUUUCUAUAAAGGGCACUUUGAUGUCGAUUGAUGAGGAAUACACCAAUUCGAUCAAACUUGUCGCUUCGAGGCUUUGCGAUGUCUGCAAUCCGCUUCAAAUAUACGAAUGUCUGGAAAAUCAAGUUGGCGAAUUUGUUGUGGAAAUAAAAGUUAGGCUUCUUCAAUUAAUGGACCGUCUUGCAGGAAAUCCGCAACUUCCAAAAUUGUUUAUAUCAGGAAUGCUAGAUAGCUAUAACAAGAUGAUGAAUGCUGCCAAUAAGCUGACUCCGGUAUUAAGCCGAAUGGAAACGGAACAUUUAAGCAAAUUCAAAUUAACUUGGAAAAUUUUAAAUCAAAGGCUUUUUCAAACUAGUAUAUACACGGAUAUUUUUUUCCAAAAUAGUGUACCUCUUUUUAUUACACAGUUAGGAAAAAAAAACAACUCUGAAGAGAACAAAGUUCUCGUCAGGGAGUUUUUAAGUUUUGAUGACGAAAUAACCUUAGUUGAAGGAAUGUGGAGCGACGUUGAAGAACACUUAAAAUCUUUCAAGAAAGAUUCUUCCACUAAUUCUACCUUCCGAAAAUACCUUACACAAGACUGGGAGGAAUUCAAGGCAUUGAGGAGAAAUCAUUAUAAAUUGUGCAAUAAACAUUUAGCCAACCAGGAUUCGGAUGACAAUUCAUCCCUCAAUGAUUUUGACCUAACAAACUGGUGUGAGGAAGACGAAAAUGAUUUAAAUGAAACAUGCGAAUGCCAUGUAUGUCCCAAUGUUCCUACUAAUAAUGUCACCCUUAUUGACGAUGUACUGCCAUUAAAUCGAACAGGGUUUCAUUUAUGUCCCCAUAUUCACAUCCAUGAAAAAAACCAUACCAAAAUUGAAGGCGCCAAUGUUCCAAAAGACAGUAAACAGGUACUGAAAAUGAAGAUGAAGUCUUGGAAGGAAUCGUACAGCAGUAAAGCAGCUCGAAGUAGAAAAGGUGAAGGAGCAACACCCAUUGUAAAAGGCCAACACGACAAAUGUAUAGAAAAAGAGAAAAAAGAAGCAUCAACUGACACCACUGAAGUCCAGCAUAAUUUUUGUCCAAUACAUAAUGAUGUAAUGGAAUGGAUACCUUGUGGUGAAAAUGAUAUCUGUACUUGUGAUGGCACCGAAGAAUUCAAUUCUGAUACGUCAGAUACUGAUUCAAGGCACUGUGACUGUUAUUACUGUGAGGUAUUCGGUCAUGGGCUGCCUGCAACAGCACCAAUGAGUCGAAACUAUAAAGAGAUGAGAGAGAGAUUAAGACUUCUGUUGAAUAAAAAAAAAUCGAAGUGUAGAAGUACAACUGUUCCAACGCUCGCAAAUAACACAAUGCCUCAAGCACAACCCAAGAGACAUCAGAAUGGAGGUCCACCAAGUCAAGAGAAACCACAAAAACUGCAGAAAUCAGACAAAAGUACAGCCACACCAAUAAAAGCACCACCGCCUCCUGUUGUUGAACAUGAUCCACGAGAUUUGGAAGAUCUUCUGGAUUUUAUAGAAGGGACAGAAGUAAAAUGUCGGAAUGAAAAAAAGGCAGCUAAAAAAGCUAGGCAAAAAGAAAAAAAGAAGAUUUUAAUGAUAAGAAAGAAAAAGGAAGAAGAAGAAAAGGCUCGAUUGAUCCAAGAAGCGAUUGAGAAAAAACAAAGAGAGGAAGAAAUGCUGAGGCUUGCAAAAGUAAAAGAACAAGAAAACGCCUCCAAGUCGAAGAAAAAAUCGAAGAAUCGAUCUCAAAUGUCACAAAAGGAAGACAAUGUUCAGCACAACAAACCUAGCGAAAAUCCCGGUACUCAAAUGGUCACUAUCAAGAGGAUAAUGGAACCGCACAGUUCUGAACCAACUGUUACAAUAACAUUAAGAGGUGCAACACCGAAGCAAGACAAAGUUUUAUACACGUUAUUAAAUGGCCAAGUGUGCAAAGUCAAAGAUGUUCCUGUGGAAAGUCAACACUCAAACUCCAAGCAUGUUAGUACAAAAAAAUUUAACAACUCUAGUGAGCUGACAGCUACAAAAUCAAAUAAAAAGGUGAAACAGAAAAAGGAGCAGCAGCAGAAGGUAGAGCCAACACCAUCAGCACCAGCCAAACAAAAGCCAGUGAAACAGCUUACAAACCCUACGUCAAUUCAAAUAAAUAAUGCUAUUAACACUAUGUCAAAACAUCCGACAACACAUUUUAACAUAAACGAUUUAAAACUCCCCCCUGGAAUCACUAUAACUAAAGUUGAUUCUUCAGAAUCACCUUUUAACAAAAAAGUUAAGGAAAGUACAAAUACAAAAGUGAGCAGCACGCCAAUGAAAUCAGCUGCUUCUUCAGAGGUGAUUGUUGUUGCUACAAACAAAUUAAAAGAAUUAGCUCCAUCAAAUGGUGCGUUGAAAACUUGCGAUUCACACGGUAAUAGUAACAAUAACAACAACAGUGCCAAUAAUAACAAUAAUAAAAAAAAGAAACAAAAAAAGAAAGAUCAGGAACAAAGAAUAAAGUGUGAAGAGAAAAAUCCUUAUCCAGGAUUGGACAUUGAUCCUAUACCCAUGGCUUCACAAAAUGAUCUCGUCCGCCAAAUGUCAGUGCUGACAAUAAAUCCUUAUGCCGGAAGUAAAGAAGUUACAGAAAUAAAACUUGAUGCCAGUAAAAAGAAGAAAAAGAAGUCAAAGAAGGGAAACGAACCAAUUAAUAAUCCAGAUGACUGGAAAAUGUUAGAUAGUGUUUUUGCACCUAAAGAUAUAGAUCUUAAUGACGGUGAGAUUGAUGAUGCCGAAAGGGAGCUAGAAGCCUUUAAAAGAUUUUGUCUUCAAUCAGUUCCGCCAGAAAGAAAAGCAAAAGUUCAUUUGAAUUUAAAAGAUAUUGUUUUAAAGAAAAAAUCCUCUCCUGUUACAUGUAAUUGAAAUUUACAUAACUUGUUCUCUUGUUUUUAAAAUAUUUAAUUUUAUCUUUUGUACAAAUUUAGCUAGUGAUUAUAUGAUUUUUGUAUGUGCUUGUUUUAAUAAAUAAGAAAUAUAACA